AUGUGGAGGUCAAGGGUGGUGAUAAUAAUAGUGUUGGUUAUAUUAGAAUGCAUAGAAGUUGGUUUAAACACACUCAAUAAAGCUGCUACUACUAGAGGAAUGAGCAAUUUUGUCUUCAUUUUCUAUGCCAAUGCCUUGGCUUUGUUCUUCCUUGUACCUUCUACCUUCAUCUAUCAUAGAAUGAGGCCUUGCAGAAAGCUCAAUUUUUCUAUAUUCUCUAGGAUGAUUCUUCUUGCCUUCCUCAGCUGCUCUGUACAAAUAUUGUUGUGCUUUGGGAUAGGGUAUAGCAAUCCAAUUUUGGCCUCAGCAAUGACAGAUGUUGUUCCAGCUUUUACUUUCCUAAUUGCUGUAAUUGCAGGGAUGGAAAAGUUGGGAUUAAGGUUGAAAAGCACUCUGGCAAAGUUUAUUGGGACAACAAUAUUAAUACUUGGGGCACUGCUUAUGACUUUUUAUAGAGGCCCUCCAAUUUUUUCAAAUCAAUCAAUUACACCCUCCAAUAAUUUUCAUCAACUUCACAUCAGUACAAAAUCAAAUUGGAUCCUUGGAGGAUUUCUCCUUGCUACUGCUAAUUUGCUACUUGCAAUCUUGUACAUAGUCCAGGCAUGGACUAUAAAUGAUUAUCCAGAAGAAUUCGUGGUGACUACUGUUACUUGUGGCUUAGUAACAAUUAUUUCAGGUGUGGUUGGAUUAAUUGCUGAACAAAAUUUGAGUUCUUGGAGACUUAAACCAGAUUUGGAGUUGAUUACUGUUUGUUAUGCUGCAAUUUUGAUGAUAGUCCUUAGAAGUCUAGUUUUUAUUUGGGCAUUGAAGAAGAAAGGACCUGUUUUUGUUGUAAUGAUAAAGCCACUUGGAAUGAUAGCUGCAGUCAUAAUGGGGGUCAUUUUUCUUGGUGAUGUUCUUCAUGUUGGAAAUAUAAUUGGUGGAAUGAUCAUAGCUUUGGGUUUCUAUUGUGUGAUGUGGGGAAAAGCUAAAGAGGAAAUGUGUGUUAAAGACAUAAGCAAGGAUUCUACAAGAGUAUCUUUACUACAUAGGCAAAGUGAUAAUAAUGCAUGAGUGUUUUGUUUUUCUUUUAAAUCGUAUUUAUUUUUAUUUUUAAGGGAUAGGAUAACUGGUAAGUGAAUGCGUACAUAUCAUUCUCUUCAAUUUUAUUUGAAUGAUUACAGAAAUUGGAUAUGUUAUUAUUGUUUAUAGUUACAAUGAAUGAGAUAUUAUAUGAGUAUAUGUGCUAAUGCCAAAUUAG